UCGCGAGAUUUUGCUUGGCGCCGCGACCUCAUGUGAAACGCCUCCUGCUCGAGAGAGAGAGACCCCAGCAGUCAGUUCCGACGUUGCCUCUGCAGAGGAAAACGCCAUGGACCCCCAAAAUUGUUGAAGUCCCUCUCGUGUGAGCUUCCCAGAGCACAUUCUCGAUCCACAGAAAAGCGCCCUUUAUCUGGCAUUUAUUUGAAGCGUAAGGCAGGGCGGGCGCAACGAUGUGGAUCCAGGUUCGUACCAUAGACGGGAAGGAGACUCGAACCGUUGAGGACCUUUCCAGACUGACCAAAAUCGAGUCUUUACGGUUGAAAAUACAAGAGAUAUUCAACGUGAGCCCACAACAGCAGCGCCUCUUCUACCGAGGGAAGCAGAUGGAAGAUGGUCAAACACUGUUUGACUACAAUGUGGGGCUCAAUGACAUUGUCCAGCUGCUGAUUCGGUCUCAGACUGACCGUCCAGACAGCCCCGCCACCAAGGACUCCUCAGGUGUUGCCAGUAGUUCUGCCCCCCUGCCAGGCUCCAAGUCCGACAGCAGCAACUCCCCAGCUCCUGCCACUCCUGCCACUCCUGCAGCCGUGGAAACUUUGGCCAGCACGAACAGCGAGAACAGCAGCAUCUCCACCAGCACUGUUAACGAAAGCAAGCCAGACACCAGCGCAACCAGUACCUUAGCCAGCACCAAAAAUGGGCUCAAGCCCUCCAGUCCAGCACCGGACACCCAGCCACCCACGUCCAGCAAGAACACACUAAUCAACCCCGGGAUUGGCUUGUACAAGAUUAACGAGCUGGUGGACUGUAGAGACGUGAGCCUCGGCGCCUGGUUUGAGGCUUGCAUCGAAAACGUGACAUUAGCCCUGAAAGGACCGACUGCGCCCGCCAAGCCCAGGGUGGGCCGGCCCCCAAAAAGGACUAAUGGAAACCUGGAGGCCGAGCAGGGACAGGGUCAAACCACGGACAGUAACAGGAAUAACGCGGGGUUAAGCUCGGAGAGUAACGGAGCCUCCACCUCUCAGACGGACUGUACAACAAAAGACAGCAAGGACAAAGAAGAGGACAUACUUUACCACAUUAAAUACGAUGAUUAUCCAGAAAAUGGUGUUGUGGAGAUGAAAUUUGUAGACGUUAGGCCACGAGCCAGAACAGUGCUGCGGUGGGACCAGCUCCAAGUGGGGAUGCGCGUGAUGAUCAACUACAACAUGGAGACACCAGAUGAGAGAGGCUUCUGGUAUGAUGCAGAGAUCCAGACCCUGAAUCAGGCGUCUCGCACCAACAAGGAGCUCCGCGUCAACAUUCUUUUAGGGGGUCCUGGAGAUGUAAUAGGAGAUUGUAAGGUUCAUUUUCUAGAUGAAAUCUACCAGAUUGAGAAACCAGGAGCUCGUCCCCUCUCAAGUGCAGAUGGGCAAUUUAAACGGAAGAGCGGUCCAGAGUGCAAGCACUGCAAGGCCGACCCGGACGCCGAGUGUCGGUUCUGCUCCUGCUGCGUGUGCGGCGGGAAGCAGGACGCUCACAUGCAGCUGCUGUGUGACGAGUGCAACAUGGCGUUCCACAUCUACUGUCUGAACCCACCGCUGACCACCAUCCCAGACGACGAGGACUGGUACUGUCCAACUUGUAAAAAUGACACUAGUGAAGUUGUCAAGGCUGGAGAGAAGCUCAAAGCCAGCAAGAAGAAAGCCAAAAUGCCUUCGGCUACAACUGAGAGUCAAAGGGACUGGGGAAAGGGUAUGGCCUGUGUGGGACGCACUAAAGAAUGCACGAUUGUUCCCUCGAACCACUAUGGGCCUAUUCCUGGUGUUCCUGUUGGAACCACCUGGAAAUUCAGAGUGCAGGUAAGUGAGGCUGGAGUUCACAGGCCGCAUGUUGGCGGCAUCCACGGGCGCAGCAACGAUGGCUCCUAUUCACUGGUGUUGGCUGGAGGUUUUGAGGAUGAAGUGGACCGGGGAGAUGAGUUCACCUACACAGGCAGUGGGGGUCGUGACCUCUCAGGAAACAAACGGAUUGGAGAGCACUGUUUCGACCAAACACUGACCCACAUGAACAGGGCUUUGGCCUUAAACUGCGAUGCGCCACUGAAUGACAAAGAUGGAGCAGAGUCCAGAAACUGGCGAGCUGGAAAACCAGUGCGAGUGGUGCGCAGCUCUAAGGGUAAACGUAUCAGCAAAUAUGCUCCAGAAGAAGGAAACCGCUAUGAUGGUAUUUACAAGGUGGUAAAAUACUGGCCAGAGAUCGGAAAGUGUGGCUAUUUGGUUUGGAGGUACCUGCUGAGACGGGAUGAUCUGGAACCAGCACCGUGGACCCCUGAAGGACUGGAGAGGAUACAGAAACUGGGACUUUCUGUUCAGUACCCACCAGGCUAUUUAGCAGCCAUGGCUAACAAAACAAAGAAGGAGUCCUGUGCCAGACCUGGUCAUGGCGGCCGCAGCUCGCAUUAUGGCAGGAGGGGGAGACCACGGAGACGCAAGGUCAAGGAGAAAGAGGAGAAUGAUGAAGAGGAUGAGGAGGAAGAGGAGGAAAUUCCAGAAGCCAACAUACCGGAGGAAGGGCCACAGAGUAAUGGAGAGCAGAAGACAACUGAAGAAACUGGUGGGUGCUUUUACAGACCGGGUUCAAAUCAGGUCAGACAAGGGGCUUGUAAGAAGAGUCCAGUGGAACUGUCACCAGAGCCAGAGCCUCCAUCUAAACGUGUGAAGAUAGAGGAGACGUUCCAGCUGUCAGAGCAGCAGCAGCAGCUGAUCGGGGACGACACGCUCAACAGAAAGCUCUGGGAAGAAGCCAAGGAGAGCCUUAAGGAGGGGCCGAAUUUCCUGCGUAAGCUGGAGCAGAUCUUCAUGUGUGUGUGCUGCCAGGAGCUGGUCUUUCAGCCCAUCACCACCAUCUGCUCACACAAUGUCUGCAAGACUUGUCUCCAGCGGUCGUUCCGAGCGCAGGUGUACACCUGUCCCGCCUGCCGUCACGACUUGGGCAAGGACUAUGUCAUGAGCCAAAACAAGACGCUUCAGAUUCUGCUCGACCAGUUCUUCCCCGGCUACAGCAAGGGCCGAUGAGGUCAAACGUACAUUUUUAACUAGGAUACAUAACACGCAUAAGCAUCCAUUCUGUGCACCCUCAUAUACUGUCGAGUACCUUAGAGCUCCACUUUGAAACGCAUUGCACUCACAUAAUAUAACUUAUCCACGGGCAAAUGUAAAUCGCAUCUACAGCCAUUAACGUGUACAAUCAAUCGCACACAAACAACCUCAGUAGAGACUGACCUCAUCUGCUGGAACUUGGAUCGUCUCCAUCAACACCGCCAGCCUGAAAUUCAAAACCAACGGGCAUUUUGUUUCCCCUUCACCUCCCGACUCCAGCCAGAUAAGUGGGCACAAAAACAAACGCACAAAAAGCGCCCCCGACUUGACAUUCCCACCGCCCGUCUCAAAGCUCUCGCUCGGCUUCAGUUUUCCUCUUCGAUCACCUUCACCGCCGGUUCCGUUCGUUGACCCGCGGCACGCCGGAGCCAACAUUUAAACGCCUGCCAACCUGCUCGCAUUUUCUGUACCAUGUAUGCAGUUUUUAAACAAAAGCACUGAGACAACUCCAGCAUUUUUAGUCUCUUAUCAGCAGACAGUUUAUGGUGCUACGAAGGGUCAAAUUUGAGUAUCAGAUCCUCGUUAAAGUUGGUCAUUUCUGGCAAGGUGAGGUUAACGGCGCUAUAUCUUUAAACAAUGCUGCACUAUAUUAGUGACUUGCAGUUAUUUUGUAGGCUAGGAGCGUUUGGCUGCAUUCUGCUCGGUGCUCUUGGAACGAGGACGUUGGCUUUGCUUUGAGCUGAAGGAGGCAACUUUCCGUGUAUUGGCAGAGAACAGUAAUUGGUAGCCUUGGAUUUAACAUGGAGUCAGACGAAGCACUUAAAAAAAGACAAAGAAAGCUACAAAGAAAACCAGAGGGGAAGUUUUAGGAAUAUUUCUUUUUUGCAAAAGACCGUUAGACAAUUAUGUUUUGGUAUUUUCUGAAUCUGAACCAGGAUUCACCUGCAGGAUGAUGAAAUGCUUAAAAGAAGUGUUUGUUGCGCUGCCUGCAUGUCUCUUCGGUGACAUUUAAAAGGGCAGGCUGCAGUUGUCCCUGGUGUUACCAAGCAACCAUAGUCAAGCAAGACUUUCUACAUGGACGCUUAGCUAAUAUUGUGUCGUGCAAAUAUUCAUCUGCUAUUGUUAGACUUGUAAAUGUUCACUGGUGAGCUUUUAGCAUUCGUUAUGAUGCCGUGCUCCGUUCUUAGGAAGGCCAGGAGACUUUUUUUUCCACAUUUCUGCGAUCGAGCUUUGUACAAAACCCUGCUGGUUUCUGUUCCCUCACUACAGAACUUUUCUGUCAUCAUGUAUCAGCACCGUCAGAGGUUCAAGGAUGCUGCAGAAGUGCGGUACUCCCUGUUAUACGUAAUGUAUGUUAGAUAAGAAGGCACUGAUGGAGGGUUGUCAGGUAUCGACAUUAGCUCUUAAUAACUAAUUGGUUUAAAUCUCCUGCCUCUGAAAAGCAAAGGUGGACAAUAAUCUAUUUGUCUGUCUGUCUGUGUUGCAUGUGUCUGCCUGUUAGUAAAAUAUCUCAUGUACCACUGAACAGACUUUAAGUAAUCACUGGAUGUACGUUUUCAAGAUGGCCACCCUAUCUAGUUGACGACACCGUAAAACACAAAAAUGUUUAUAAUAACUUAGUCGUUGUUGCAGAUUUUACUAAAAUGUUUUUAACUCACCAAAAGCUGAUAGUUAGUUUAAAACUUAGGCUUCAAAUGUAACGUUUUUCAAGAGAUGCAAAGCUUUUAAUUCAAUUUAUUGGAAUUUUUUAAAUACAAUUUAUGCAAAACUACAAAUGUGAGCUUUUAUUUUGUUUAAAAAAACAUUUAAUCCUUUUUCUUUAACUUCCCUUGCCCUGAUGUGUUUUAUAGCUUUCUUGCACUUGUAAAAAAAAUAAAAUAAAAAUAGCAUAAAACCCAAAGUCCAUCCCAAAGACUAUAGACUGAGUGCUUUCUCUCUUGUUUUUAUAUUUGUGAAAACAUGUUGCAGUUUUUUUUUAUUCACCACAAAUUUUAACCACUAAGAACAACAUUUUGUUUGUGGUGAUAUCAAAGAGAUGGGAGCUCAAAGCAGAUGUUUUAAACCAAAGGGGACAAAAAGGGCUGCAAGAAAGCACAAAACAGGAGAAAUUAAAAGUUUGUAAAACGUUACAUCUUGUUAGCUCAUUCAUUUAACCCCCAAAGUAAAAAUAUGAAGCUAUAAAUAGGCACAACUUAGACUUAAUGUUAAAGAUGAUGCAAUACAAUGUAGUUUUGAUGUCUAAAGCUUAAAGAUGUUAGUGUUUCCCACUAGCAUAAGGUCAAAUAUUUCAUCUUUUUAGAUUUUAGAAAAAUACACCAGGAUGGACUUUUCAUCACUUAAAACAUAAACUUUCUGUUUCUAUUAUUAAAAAAGAUCUAGAAUGUACACUGCAAAGGAAAAAAAAUAUUUUGAAGUGAAUAUUUUGUAAAUAUUACAAAAUACAACUAUUUUCCAGUUAAUGAUUAGGUAUUGUUCUUAACUAGUUUAUAAAAGGAAGGUUUGAGGGAGGCGUCAUUUAAUUUUGAUAAACUAAAAAUGAAAUGCUCUGCUGUAGAAACAAAGGAUUUAGAGCAUUCAUGUCUGAGGAUGGUUAUUUUAUUUUAUUUUUAUUUUAUGUUUGUGUAUUUUGGAUUUAAAUCUGGAUAUAGAUGAUCAGAUCUUUUCUGUUCUUGACCCUAAAUAACAAAAAAAAAAAAGCUUUUUACACAAACUGGGUGUUCCUCAGAUGCAAUCCAAAACUAAAUCCACACAUGGACUGCUUUAAGCAGGCAAAAACACACUCAGAACCAUUUUAUGACUUUCAUAAAGUUACCUAUUUUAGGUACAAAGACUAUUUUGUAUUUAUUUGUACCAACGAUCUACCUAUUCUGCUAGGCAUGAUAAACAAGACAAAUAAAAGCACCUGUUCAAAAACGUAUUAGCUUCUUUCAGUCUCUCUAGGAAUAUUUUUUACUAUACUAAAAAAAAUUCUCAUAUUAAAAAGGAUCCUUUUAAAUCACGUUAUUUAACUUUUUAUUACGUUCUGUUUUCUUGCUCUUUGAAUUCUUCAUUAUAAAAUGAGAUGUGGAUUAUACGAAAAAAGUUUUCUUUUAAACUAAAGGAGUUUUUUUGUAUUAAUUUGUAGCUUUAGUUUUCUAUUGUGAGCGACUCGGGACAGAUUUGCGCCUGCUGAUAUGGUACUUCAAAAUGUCCUGGGUUGGCAGGUCCUAUAGGAAACAAAUCAAACGUCAGAUGUGGACAGAGUAAAGUUUCCAAGUUGUGUUAAGAAAUAAAAUAAAAAUAAAAAAAUCAGUAGCCGUUUUAAAACUUCCGUUCACUCAUCAGUUUCUUGUGUUUCUGUUGAUGAGCCCGCGUCUCGCUCCUAACCACCCCCCACCCUCCCCCGUUCGUCAGCAGGCUGUUUGUUUGUGGUGAUGUCCUUGUUUCUGUUCAUUCAGGACUUUAUUAUUUUAUUUGUUAAUCAACAAACAUGCAAGUACAAAUGCUACUAUGGUCUUUAAAGCUAAAUGUGAUGUGCAUUAUUUCCGUGUUGAGAUUAUUUUUCUUCCUGCUGGCGCACUACCAGCCCUCCUUUCCUGUCUCUCUCUGCUGUGACCCUUGACCCCCCACUACUUCUCCAUAAACCUACAGUACUAACAACUCUUUAGACGUCUCGUGGACGCUUGGCUUCAGUGCUGUGUUGUCUUUAUUUUUUACUUUUAUUGCACUCUGUUGACAACUAAAGUUUGAAAAAGCACGUUUAGUUUUUCUAGAAUGCUUACUAUUAUCUGUGUCCGUACACCAAUGUUUUUUUUUUCUUUUCCCCGACCAUUUUAGUUGCUUAUUUCUCUGUUUUUAAUCACUUGUCAUUUCUUGUUUUUAUGUUGCCGACCUCAAACAGUUGCAGCACACGCCGGUCUAAGAAGAUUCAUUGCUUCAAAUUGUGAUCAGAAAUUUUAUACAUGUCACAAUAAUACUUGGUAUGUACCGAUUAAAUAUUUGGAUUCAAGAAGCAA